AUGUCGCGCCAGUUUCACCGUCACGGCAUCUCGGCCAUCGCACUCGCCGGCGCACUCUCGGCCUUCCUCAUCGCAUGGUACUUUUACCCUUGGAAAGCAAGAUGGGGGCGCACCACAUUUCCCGGGGUCGCGUUUAGUUUUACUCCGGAUUACGCGACGGCCGCGGUUCGAUAUGCCAAUGGAACCGAGAUAAGGCUACCGCCAGCAUACGGCAGCCUGGCAUAUCGAAAUUUUAUGCGCCGAGAAGAGUCUUCUUUACCAACCGGUGGACUUCUAUGCGAGUACAUUCCACCUGCUCUCCGCUCGCUGGCCCUUGGAAGGUGUAAUAGCGAGGCUGAUGGCGAUUUGGCGGGCGCCGAGGCGCUGAUGCGCGAGCUCAGGGCAUCCGUGGCAUCUGUCAUGGGUACAAACUUCUGUUACGCUAGCAUGACCUCUCGAAAUAUAUUUGAAGCGCAGGGGGUACCAAAGAGUAUCCUAGAGAAGGCACUCCAGAACAUUGGCCUCGUCCAGGGUAACAUGAUAGACGCGGGCCGUGGCGCUCUCGCUUUCAACGGCUUAGACACUUACCCUGAGACUGGACUUCCGCCGGCUCUCGUCCUCGUUGUCGACCACAGCGACUACGGGACUAGCUCGCAAGUCUUUUGGCGCGACGAGGAGGUACUCCACGGCGACGCCAUUGGGGAUGGUGCAUUUCGGGAUGUCCUACGAGCCGUCGUCGGACCGAAGCUUCUUGAGAAUGCCGCGACGGCAGACCCGCUUUAUGCAAGCGCGGUUUUUGCUGCGCGGAGUGCCUACGACACGAUCAACAGGUUGGAUUUCGGAGAGGAGCCGGCGUUUGGGUGCUGCUGGAAGUCGCAAUUUCAUAAUUGCUGGGAAUACCGACAAGUCGUGCACGUCUGUCAAUAA